CGUGCAGAAUGUUUAGCAUUUUUUCUGAGGUAAAGCUUCGGUUGACGUUAACAUUAUGUGAACCUUCCACUAGAAAAGACAAGAUCGAUAACAGUAGUGCUACUCAAGAACGCCUUUUGUGGUCAUGGUGGCGCUGUAGCUUGGGUUGUAUCAAAGUUCAACGUUCUCAAGCCUCUCGGAAAGUCUCAAUAUUGAUUCAGUCUCGAGUUUAGCGUCUCACGCAUAGCACGACAGACUUUCUCCGCUACAUCUCCCUCGGUGGUAAUUAUUCUCGGUACUCUGCGCCAGCGCCCCAUUCCCUGACUUAUCCCGCGAAAAUGGCAUUGCAUUUUGAGUUUCCCGAUGCCGAAACAAAAGCGAAACUUCUUGCAGCGUUUCCUGGUUACAGCGAUGGUUUUGUGAGAUGUCAACCGGGAAAUUUGUUGAUGCCAUUGUUUUACAAAAAAGAUUGGAAAACGUAUUACGAUUUUCAGCUGCGGGAUGAUGAUGUCUUCAUUCUUUCCUUUCCCAAAUCAGGUACAACAUGGACACAAGAUAUGGUUUGGUUGAUCGCGAAUGACUGUGAUUUUCAAGGAGCAAAAAAGUUACUUCGCGAGCGGGUGCCGUUUUUAGAAGAUCGGUCGUUGGGAACUGACGAAAGUUUGCAGAAAUAUUUAGAAAUGUCUAAAAAUAAUACGGGAGCGACAUCGGAUAUCAUAAUAGAGCCCAACUUUAUAGACGCUUUGCCAUCCCCUCGUUUUAUCAAAUCUCAUCUACCGUUGUCCUGCCUGCCUCCUACUUUGGUUACCCGUUGUAAAGUUGUGUAUGUCGCACGGAAUCCUAAAGAUGUCGCAGUAUCUUGGUAUUUCCAUCAUCUUCUUGAUCCGAUAAUGAACACGAAUCUUACGAUAGAAGAAUUCGCAGAAUUUUUUAUGCGUGACGAAGUAUUGUAUGCACCAUAUUGGACCAGUGUAAUUGAAGCCUGGGAAAAGCGAAAUGACCCAAAUUUCCUGUUUCUAUUUUAUGAAGAUUUAAAAAUGGACCUUCCAGCCCAACUUCACAGAAUAUGUCAGUUCCUUGGAAAAGAAGAAUUGCCCAUCGAUCAAAUCAUUGCUUUGACAGAACAUUUAAAAUUUGAUAAUUUCAAAAUUAAUAAAUCGGUAAAUGCUCAAGAACUCCAAGAAGCGGGAUAUUUUAAGAAAGAAGGCAAUUUCAUGAGAAAAGGUCAAAUUGGCGACUGGAAGAACCAUUUCGGCGAAAAAUUGAAUUCUCGAUUUGACGAAUGGAUCGAGAAAUGUACGAGCGCAACCGAUUUAAAGUUCCCCAAAUGACAGCAUAAAAAUGACAAAAUUUUGUAUUUCCGCUAUCAACGUGCGGAUAGUUUAUUAAUGCUACUAUCGAGAAUUCUACGGUUUGUUUGCAAAAUUGUUACGAUUUCGUCUAAUACCAUUAAAGACCCAAAACAGCUUUUAUUGUACUACAAUAAUUUCAAUAAAAAUUAUGUUAACAAUU